UCCACUUCACAAGUGCGCGCGUCUGAGAGAAGUUGAUCUCUGUGACAAGAUCUCUAAACCUCAGCUGCUCAUCAGAUAAGAUGAGAGGAUUACUUGGAAUUCUUGUAAUUUUGAAAUAUUGCAUUUGUGGUGACGUGCUUCACUUUGAUGGAGAUAUCAAGGACUUUGUAGUUGGUAACAGUAAGUUAUUUGUUCUUACUGAUCAUCGACUACAUCAGAUGAGACACGAUCUUACUGAGGAGAAGAGCAAAGACACUAAAGCCACUGAACACAACAGAGUCAACAUUCUGGUGCCUUUUGAUGAAAACAGCACCUUGAUAACGUGUGGGACAUUUAACGAUGGAUAUUGUGAGGUUCUUGAUAUAAAUGACAUUACGAAAAGUAUUUACUAUGAAAGUAAUAUACUGAUAGGACCUCGACAUGAUGAGAAAUCUGUUGCCUUCAUAUCCGGUACAAGUAGCAGUAAGUACCUUUUGGUUGGGAAAAAAGACGAAGAUGCAAAACCUCAAGAUACCAGGUAUUCUGUUGUUAUCUUGUGGAACACUUUACACUCUCAAUUUGGUGGGAUUUUCUCAAGAAUAGCUGAAGGAUCAGAUGCCAUGAUUCAGAGCACUGUGAGAGAUGUGGAGUUUGUUGAUGGAUUCCAGAGAGUUUCACCCUCAGAAUCUUACUUAUUUCUCAACACAAAGACUGACUCCGAGAGGAAAGUGCUUGUCCUGUGGAUUAACAGCUCUAAAGAAAGAAAGAGAGACAUCAUCAGAUCCCUACAGGCUUCAAGGAUACGAUGCUGCAGUGAUAAAGCUCGUCCAGUGCUCGUUGCCAGCACCGUUAUUCCCUCAGUGAACAGAGUUAUUUGGGCAGGUGUGUUCAGUGCACAGAAUCAGCAGGAUCCGGAGAACAGCGCGCUGGCUCUGUACGACAUCAGUCAUGUUAAAGGACGAGUGAAGGGCUUCUGUGGUAUUGGUGAAAAUCCAUGUGGUUCUGAGAGUGAUACUGAACUUCAGCCGCUCUCUGUGGUGUUCAAGUACAGCUCAAUGUCAGCAGUGACAUCAGUUAGAAGUGGAUCCUGGAUUGUGCUGUUCAUAGGAACCAGUGAUGGUCAGCUCAUAAAGCUUGUGUUGGAUGGGAAAUACACUCCAGGCUGUCCAACAGUGCUGUUCAAAUCUGAUGAUGAGCGAGCAGUGUUUCCCAGAAUGCACUUUGAUCCAGUAGAUUUCAAAUAUAUCUACAUUGCUCUGAAGAAACAGACUGACGAGCACAGAGGAGUGUUCCGUGACCCUGGUGAGAUUGUGAAGCACAGAAACACUGUCUACAGGCAGGUAUGUUAUGGCUAUGUUUAUUAUGUGUUUGGUAAAAUGUGUAAUGCAGUUAUUUGCUUUAUGGUCUGUGCUGAAAGGAGUAAUGGUAGAUGGCUUUUUCCUCUCAGUAAUGUUAUCAGUGUGGGGGCGUGUGUUUAGCAGCUAUAUGUAAUAGUCUGACUGAUUAUGAAUUUUAGGUGCACAGAGUGCUCAAUAUGUUUUUUUCGUUUGUUUGUUUUUCAGAG